GUUUCUUUUCGAAAGAACUAGUUUUAAGGGACCUACAUGUGUCUAAUAUGGUAGACCAGUUAUCUGCAGAAAUAAAGAAAGAUUUCAAGGAAACCUUUAACCUUUUUGACAAGGAUGGGGAUGGUACUAUUUCCACCAGCGAAUUAGCAGUAGUGAUGAGGUCUCUGGGUCAGAAUCCAUCAGAUGAUGACAUAGUCAAUAUGCUUAAGGGUGUGGAUGAGGAUGGGAAUGGUUCAAUUGACUUUGAAGAAUUUGUUUUAAUGAUGGCGAGAAAACUGGAGAAAUCGAACACAGAAGACGAAAUACGAGAAGCAUUUACACUUUUUGAUAAGGAUUGCAACGGCUAUAUAACUGUAUCAGAAUUAAGAAACAUUUUAACAGAAACAGGUCAAAAAAUUCGACCGGAAGAGGCAGAUGAAUUAAUUAAAUCAAUUGACAAGGAUGGUGAUGGAAAAGUAGACUACGAAGAGUUUUGCAGAAUGAUGUCGGGGAAGUGAUUUCUUGUAUGAAAUACUCAAAGUGAUACAGAAAAGACUUUAUAAUUUAUACAGUGAUAUAAACAUCUGUCAAAAUUUCAAGUAUCACUUUAGUUUUCUAUGAAUAAACAUUGUCCAGAUAAAUUACCAUUUUAAUCCUGUAAACGAACAAUAUAUAAGAAUGUUGUAUACAACGUUGAGAGGGAAAUCUA